AUGAAUAUGCAUGAAAUAAAAGGACCAACAGAAGAUUUACAAGAACAAUUGAAUAUUGCUACAGAAGAAAUUCAAAGUUUACGACAACAAUUAACUUAUCUUCUUGAUUUAACCAAAAAUGCUUGGCAUGGUGAUGAAACAGCUAUUAAUCAUUUAACUGAACUCAUUGGUAUUGAUGCUGAAAUUGAACAAAAUGCCUUGAGUAAAAAGAAAACAGUGGCACCUUCUUCGGCAAAGAAAAAAGUAACAAUUGCUAUUAAUGAUGAAAUUUUAUCGACCGAAGCACGAAGUACUACAAAUUCAACAAAUCAUGAACAUAAACAAACAAAUGUUCAAGCAACUGCACGAAAUACAUAUCUUCAACCAUUUCUUAAACAAAAUCAUAUUGAUCCAAUACGAGAACAAAAUUAUAAAAAAAUUUUUAGUAAUAUAUUACGCUAUCGUCAAAAUGAAAUACGUAAUCAACCAAGUAUUCCAAAUAGAAUACCAUCAGCAACUGUUCGGCCACGUGCAACAAAACAUCUCUAUCAAUCAGCAUCUCCUGAUCAUGUUGUACGUCAUCUUGGUAGUUCAUUAGGUCGUACAAAACCUUAUUUUGUUUUUGCUGGAAAAGAAUUUUUUCAACAAACAACCAGUACUAUGCCAUUACAUGAAAAAAAUGGAUCACAUCAAUCAGAGCAAUCUGAUACGUCUGAAGAUUUAGAAGCUGUAGCAUCAUCAAGAGCUGAACCAGUUAUUGCACGUCCACAAACAGCCAGAUCUCUUCCACAAUCAUCAAUACUUCGUUCAAGAAAUGCUGAUUAUCCUGGAAGAAUAUCGUCUGCUACAAGUAAUGGAUCAAAUACAACAGUGACACCGUUUAGUGAACGUGAUCGACGUGAUGCUAUGCGACUUCAACGACAACUUAAUUUACCACGACAAGGUUGGCUAAAUCAACAUUUUUGA